CUUCUUCUUCGUUGGCUUUUUCUCUCUCUUCUGCCCCGGAAGCGGAAGUUCCUUCCUUUCUUGUUUCUGCCCGCUAUAGAGACGCUCACAGCAGAAGAUGGCUCCUCGUAAAGGAAAGGAGAAGAAGGAGGAGCAGGUGAUCAGUCUGGGUCCUCAGGUGGCUGAAGGAGAGAACGUCUUCGGAGUGUGCCACAUCUUCGCCUCCUUCAACGACACCUUCGUCCACGUCACCGACCUGUCCGGGAAGGAAACCAUCUGCCGUGUGACCGGAGGGAUGAAGGUGAAGGCGGACCGAGACGAGUCGUCUCCGUACGCCGCCAUGCUGGCCGCUCAGGACGUCGCUCAGCGCUGCAAAGAGCUGGGAAUCACAGCGCUGCACAUCAAGCUGAGGGCCACCGGGGGCAACAGGACGAAGACUCCUGGUCCUGGAGCUCAGUCGGCUCUCAGAGCUUUGGCUCGAUCUGGGAUGAAGAUCGGACGCAUCGAGGACGUCACUCCCAUCCCGUCAGACUCCACCAGGAGGAAGGGCGGCCGCCGUGGUCGCCGUCUGUAAACUGUAACACGGAUGAUCAAUAAAACGUUAAAGUCA